AACAGGCAAUAGGAGUGGAUGAGCCUGAACCGAGCAGUCAGUCUGUCUUCACCACAUGAACACUCCUGUCGGAGGUGAGACCGCCCUCCUCCUGCCAAACCCCCGCUUCCGACUUGAAACAGGAGCCGGUGUCCGGAGCAGGAUGUAUCGAUCUGUUUGCUUGUAGUGCUUCUCCGGCGGAUUCCUCAAUGCGCCAGCCCCUGGAAUGGAUCUGGAAUCCGGUGUGGCGUCCGCAGGGAGUUUCAUCUCCCUGAAUGAACAUGAACAGAGGUAUUACUCAGGUCUCCACGGUCUGUGCCAAGCUGACACCUCAGGAAAACUGUCGCCCAGCAAAGUGGCAGAGCUGUUCAAGGCGUCUCAGCUACCUCCUGAAUCCCUGCAUAAAGUGACUGAGGUGUGUGGAGCGAAGCAUCUGGGCUACUUUGGUACACCUCAGUUCUAUGUGGCCCUGAAGCUGCUCGCGGCCGCUCAGUCUGGCCUGCCCAUCCACCUGGAGAGUGUAACAGCCAAUCUACCUCUGCCCAGGUUUGUUGGGCUGAAGAAUGAACCAGAGAUGCGAUACUCAGCCAUCCCUCCGAGCAUUGACGGUCAGGGGGGUCAGUGUGGGAUUGCACUUGGCUCUGUAUCCUGGACUCCAGCAGACAGGAGCGCCUUCAGACCCUUGGAGGCCAACACAGAGAAGAAGGAACCUUGGUCCCCACCACGAUCACCGUGCAGCUCACCACCUCGCUCUCCACUGACCUACCGCAGCUACCUGUACGCCAAGCAGAGAAACGGGGCAGACUCACAGAUCACCUAUGAAAGCAAACAUUCCUCACGGCCGAUCGUUCAGCUAGAGCAGCACUCCUCGCCCAGUAACUAUGGAGCCAAAACCGCUGUAGAGCAUCCUGCUAUGGCUCGGGCUUCCUCAUCAGAGAGACUGGACCAGCAGGGUAUAGUGGACUAUUCUGAUGAUGACCCCUGGAGGAUCACAGUGGAACAGCUGGAGUAUUACACUAAUCAGUUCAAGAGCUUGCAGCCUGACCUGGGGGCUCUCAUCCUGGGAGCUAUUGCAAAGAACUUCUUCACAAAAUCCAAGCUCCCAAUACCAGAACUUUCCCACAUUUGGGAGUUGAGUGAUGUGGAUAGAGAUGGAGCUCUCACUUUCUCUGAGUUCUGCACAGCCUUUCACUUGAUUGUGGCACGCAAGAACGGUUACCCUCUCCCAGAGAGCCUUCCUCCGACCCUGCAGCCAGGGUUCAAGCAGCAGGAAGAGGACAUACCGGAUACUCCUGAAGAUCGGAGCAUCAUAGAGAGGCUCCAGCCAAGCCUGGCAACAAAUAAACAAGAUUUGAAAGAAGACUUACGUAAACAAGAUCUAGGUGUGAAAAGGGUGACAACAUCUCGAGAGAAACAGGCUCUACAACUUAGUGCUUUUCCUGACAGACCAGAGCCGCCUCAUGACCUGGACCCACAGAUAAGGACAAAAACAAGACAGAGGUCCUACUCCAGCACUUCUUUUGAAGAUGCAAUGAAGAAAGCAGAAGAGCCUCCCACCCCCCCACCUCGACCCCAGAAAACCCACUCCAGAGCGUCUUCGCUGGACCUCAAUAAGCUCUUCCAGCAGGGCGCUCCGGGCGUGAAAUGGUUGCCACCUCCUCCGGCACUCCCUCCUAGACCAUCGACUUCACAGGUUUCUCAUUUUAUCAACGUUUCGGAGAAGACUCCGCAGAAAAAAGUGCAGCAGCCAAACUUUGCUGACUUCAGUCACUUUAGAGAAGAGGAGGAGAGCAGUGUGAAACCGGAGGAACAGGGUCCGCGCUCUAGAUUUGGUCCAAGUACUGAGGACUUGACAAAUGCUUCAAAACAGGACGUGAUUGGAGUUUCUCACAGUCAGGCCCCACAGAAGCCAGUCCGCAGGAAAUACCACUCUGAGAGCCAGAACCUGGAGACCACACCUCCACCUGCCAUGCCGUUUCCUCCCCCUACUAAAUCUGCUCAAAAACUGAUGUCCAAACAGAAGAGGGAGAUCCAGAUGGCGAUUCGUAAAAACAAGGAAACCAAUGCAGUGUUGACACGCCUCAAUAGCGAACUCCAACAACAACUCAAGGUAGUUCACCAGGACAGGGUCACCUUGGAGUCUCAGCUGGAGCUCCUGCGUCCUCUGGCCUCAACGUGACUGAGCCUGAAGUCUGGUUAGAGUCACGUAACCUGCGUGUCACCGAAAUGCAUCUCUAUCAAACAUGAAUGUUUGAGCCAAGAUACAGAAAGUUGUUGUCUUCUUGUCAUGGAUACAUAAUAAAUGUAAAAGGGUUGAAGAUGGGUGUCAGACUGGGAUGUGCCUCUUCGGUUUAUUUGAUGAAUAAAUCCAGUCCCACAUCCAAAUGUUUGUCUGUAUUACGCUUAAUGAUGUUUUGGAGGAUUAGAUUUUUUAAAAUCACUGUAAGAUAGGCACAUGUUAAAUAUCCUGUCAUUCACUGUUCUAACUUAUUUUUUCUCUUUUGAUUUACUGUUACUUUCUCCCUUGAAUCUUACCUUGCUCACAAAACGUGUAACAGUUUGUCUACAUAUUGCCAUGACUCAGAUACAUGUUUAUGUUCGUUGUUAAUAACGGCAACUAAAGUACUCUCAGUUUUUGGCAGUCCAUGUAUACAGUACAUUUCAUGGGUAUCCACGUGUGGUUUAAAGCAAGUGAUGGUGCUACAGAUUAGUUGCACUUACAGUCUUUAAAAAAUGCACAUUUGGAAGGUUGUACUUAAUGUUAUAAACAGCCACAUAUGGGUUGGAUUUUAUUUGGUUACAAAUUCUACCCUGCACAUUUUAUUGUCUGUUGUCUCAUUGUAGCUCUGGCACAUGAGGCUAUUAGGAAACUGAAGAAUGUUGACACUGGAUUUGUGUGAAAUAUGGACAUUUACUUGAAACUUUGCUCUAUCUUUAAUUUUAGCCCUGUCUGUCAAUAUUGAAUCCCCCUAUGUUUAUUAUCACAUGAAGAGUUAUAUCUGCAGUGCAUCCAUACGGUCACAAUGAUUUUACUGAUAUUCAAGUUUGCAAAAAAAAAUUACAUUUAAAAACUAAGCCAGUGUUAACUGUCUAGAAAAGAAAGGAAUAAGCAUAACAUUCUUCCAAUGUUGUUUUUUUUUUUUUUUUUUUUUUGCAGGAUGGAUUUCAAAAACAGCUAAUAUCUGCACAAGCAGAUGUGGUUUUGGUUUUAUCUAUGCAAAGAUGUGGUGCUGCUUACGCUUGCUUUAUACCUUUUUCCCCCACACAUCCUAAUUGUUCAUGAUGAUAAAUGAAGUGGUUGAAAUACAUGAUGGCAUGCUUGAUACUGCAUGUUUGCUAAAAUGAUGUAAGCAUUGGACUGUAAAUUCACCUUCAAUCAUGCACAACUGAGCUCUGAGCUGAAGAAGGUAAUCAAACUAACCAAUAAAGUUGUCUAUUUUUA